AUGUUUCCAUUGCCGGUGAAGUCGAUGAGGGACGCUCGAGAUGGCCCCGGAGAGUCGAGAACGUCACCAAUCCUUGCUGACUGGGCACGUGCUCCAGGCGCUACCGCUUGGAAGAGCAGCAACUGCCGGUCCUUCAAUCCGGUCACUGCUGCUUGUCCAGACCGGCGGAGCGGCCACUACCCUGCAGACAUUGCAAACUGCGGGGACACUGCUGCUCCGGGUCCGGCAGGGCGGUAUGCACCACCGCCAAGACCACCAACAACGAAGCCGAAAACGGAGCCAUCCAUCGAGAGCUCAAGCAGCGAUUUGCCUUUGGAACCUGCCUUUGGUGAAAUUGUGCGCAUAAUGACUGAACUAGUCAAAAGGGAGGCGAAGAAGGAAGCUAAGGAGCCGAGGCAAAGGGAGAUGGAGAAGAGAUAA